GCUCUCCUUAAUCUCCGGCCCAUUUGCGUAAGAAACUCCUUUCUCGCCUCGUGCUCGCUAGAAAGCGAUCGAGAUCGGAGGAGAAGAGAGGAGAAAGGAGAGAGGAGGGGAGAGCGAUGGGGAAGGAGGAGCUGACCGAGGAGCAGGUGGCGUCGAUGCGGGAGGCGUUCACCCUGUUUGACACGGACGGGGACGGGCGGAUCGCGUCGUCGGAACUGGGGAUCCUGAUGCGAUCUCUGGGCGGCAACCCCACGCAGGCCCAGUUGAAGGAGAUCGCCGCCUCGGAGGGCCUCACCGCCCCCUUCGACUUCCCCCGCUUCCUCGACCUCAUGCGCAAGCACCUCCGCCCCGAGCCCUUCGAUCGCCAGCUUCGUGACGCCUUCCGCGUCCUCGACAAGGACGGCACCGGCACCGUCGCCGUCGCCGACCUCCGCCACGUCCUCACCAGCAUCGGCGAGAAGCUCGAGCCCAACGAGUUUGACGAGUGGAUCCGCGAGGUCGAGGUCGCCCCUGACGGCACCAUCCGCUACGAGGACUUCAUCCUUCGCAUGGUCGCCAAGUGAUCCGUCCGAUCUCAUCCCCUCUUACGAUUCUUGGCCUAGAGUUUCUUUUCCAAGCACAAAACUGUUUGACGAAUUGUGGUAUGGAUGAUGAGUCGGAUGUAGUAAGUGGUUGAUAUUUUCUCUAGCAGUAUGUCAAACUUGGUUGUUUUGAUGAUUGUUUGAUUAACAUUUUGGUUUCUUAGCUGGCUGGCUCUUUUGAUGAUAUAAUGUCUAUAACAAUUAUGUUUAA